CGUCAACGAUCUAUCACCAACAGUAGUGUUGCUGCUAGCUUCCAGGAAAGAAACCACCAUCGUCGUUCAUUCUCAUAGCCCUGCAUAUAAUGAGAGCCCUUUCGGACCUUACGUGGCCAGUGUUGCUGGUGUGUGCCUGUCUCGCAUUCGACACCAUCGAAGGUAGCCGUCGUCAGGAUGCGCUGCAGACUUUCCAACCGCUGAAGGCGUCCACUGCUCGUGGAGCUAAGCAGCAACGAAAGCUGAUCGGUGGUGAAUCCGAGCUGUUUCUAUCCCUCCAGCCGGAGCUCGUCCUUACCCAAGAGCCAUACGUCGAACAAACAUACGACGAGGAGUCCAACGUGCAGGCAAGACUCUCGGCACCGACCAUCAACGCGGAAUGUGCGCAGCUCGUGAAUAGCCGAACGGACCUGCUGGUGCAGCUGGCUGGCCUAACGCUCCGGAACUGUGUCGCUAAAAUCGAUGACGAAAUGUUCGCUCGGAUCUACGGCGCCAGCAGUGAUGCUGGCUCGCGCGAGCAGUACGCCAAGGUGAGUCUGUUGAGCAGUUUUCGGAAUGUGAACAUCUUCGUCGAGCCGGACGCGAUUCGGGCCGAAAUCGAGGAGAAGCUAAACAAUGGGGCCAGUGCAGAGGGAAUGGUUGUAACUGCUGAGCAUGCGGCGGCACUAAAGUCAGCCUUCCAGGAGUGUUUGGAACAAGCGCGCACGCUCAUGCGGGAAUCGAUGCAGACCGGUGUAUCGCAGGCUGAUGUGUCUUGCGUCAAUUAGACUCUGAAUGACCCUACA